AUGCCGUCGCGUACCCUCCCUUUCUUCACGCGCGCCGACGUCGAGGCACACAGCUCGGCAAAGUCCUGCUAUGUCACCGUCGGCGACAACGUCUACGAUGUCACCGACUUCCUCGACGCACACCCCGGCGGCUCCGACCUCGUCCUCGACUGGGCUGGCAAGGACAUCACAGCCAUCCUCAAGGACCCGGACUCCCACGACCACUCCGAGGCUGCCUACGAAGUGCUCGAAGACUCUCUUGUUGGCUUUGUAGCCGGAGAAAACUCAAAGUCGGGCGCAGAUGGGCCAAAUGGGGUUAACGGCGACGCGCGCCUGAACGGCAACGCCAACGGCAAUGGUGCCACAAAUGGAAAAUGGGUUCACCCGAGGACGGGCAUGGCCAGUGAGGAAGACCUGAACAAGGAGACGGACUACUCGGAGGACUACAAGAAGCACAAAUUCCUCGACCUCAACAAGCCGCUCUUCCCGCAGGUCUGGUUUGGCGGCUUCACCAAGGAGUUCUACCUCGACCAGGUUCACCGCCCAAGGCACUACAAAGGAGGCCAGUCGGCGCCUUUCUUUGGAAACUUCCUCGAGCCCCUCAGCAAGACCCCUUGGUGGGUCGUCCCGGUGGCGUGGUGGCCUUGCGUGACUUACGGCGUCUACUCGGCCGCUCAGGGUUUCGAGCACUUCUACAACCUGGCCAUCUUCUUCGUCUUGGGCUUCUUUAUCUGGUCGCUCAUCGAAUAUCUGCUCCACAGAUUCCUUUUCCAUCUUGACUACUACCUCCCGGAUAACCGUGUCGGUAUCACGCUGCACUUCACCCUGCACGGUGUCCACCACUAUCUGCCUAUGGACAAGUACCGGCUUGUCAUGCCACCUACUCUUUUCCUGGUGCUGGUGGCCCCGUUCUGGAAGCUUGCACACUUCAUCUUCUUCUGGGACUGGUACGUUGCCGUGGCGGUGUUCUCGGGCGGCAUGUUUGGCUACACGUGCUACGACAUGACGCACUACUUCCUGCACCACCAGAAUCUGCCGCUCUGGUACAAGCAGCUCAAGAAAUACCACCUCGAACACCACUUCCUGGACUACGAGAACGGCUUUGGUGUCACCAGCAAGUUCUGGGACACCAUCUUCGGCACAGAGAUCAAGGCGGCACCGGUCAUGAAGACAAAAUAG